AGCCUGUUCCACGAUAUCGAAAGAACACGUUCGCACAACUUUUACACGACAAACAGCUGAUUUCCGUUCCACUAAAAUCCAUCAGAACGAAAAUUUGCACGAAAAUCAAUGCGAACGAAAACGUAAGCGUUUCAGUGUAAUUUUGCGUUCCACUAUCUUUUUUCUUUCGUACGCAUGCGAACACAAAUGUCAAAAUCAGUCACUUGUGUGUUUGCUGUCGUACGAUAACAAUUAAGGAAAAUCUGUUUUAAAACAUAAACAUUGCUUAAUUGAAAAUGGAAACAAAAAUCACGAAAAAAUCAUCAACUACACAGCUGCGGGCACUAGUUGAGUAUAUGGAGGAGAAUCCCGAGUUUGCCAGAGGAGUGCCAAUUUUUGGAAGCAGCAGGCAAUCCCUGGAGGACCACUGGAAGAAGUUAGUUUUUAAAUUAAAUACCAUGGGUCCUCCUUCCCGCACAAUUGCAGAGUGGAAAAAGACGUGGGCCGAUCUAAAGUCCCGCACCAAAAAGAAAAUUGCGGAAAAUAAAAAAGGGCUGCAAGGUACCGGUGGUGGUUUAUACCGGUUUGAGUGCCUAACGGAACUGGAAACAGCAAUUGACCGGACACUCUUCUUGUCGAAGUCCGCAGCACCAAGUGGUAAAACUUUUGGCUACGCGGACGAAAUAGAUUACUGCUUCGAGGCAUUGGAUACCACACCAUCAAGACCAUCCAAGACCGUAGCAGUGGUAACACCUACCAGACAGUUCAGUUCCCCAGAAUCACAUACCCAACAACAACAAAUAAACGUAAAAACCUGUACCAUCACAACUCAACAAUACCAACCACCAGCCAAAAGACAAAAAAUCUCACCCCAUUUCUACACACAAACUGCAAAACAACAGGCACAGUCAGCACACACACAACAAACUCAGACACAGUCAGCACACACACAACAAACACAGACCCAACAGCAACACCAACGUAAACAAACAACGUCCCCUCGUCAACACAUGGAACAUCAAACCGUGCAGAAAUCACCCCCAUUCAAAUGCACAUCACAACAUAAUUUUCCAUCCACAUCAUCAGCAAAAAAACGUUCCAACGUCGGAGAGCAAAUACCUCUUAUCCGUCGGCAAUUGCGGCUGGUCGAGCAGGCAAAUGCAAUAGCCAAGGAGCAAGCAGAUGCAAGCAAAAGGAUGGCUGACGCUGCAGAGAGAAUGGCAGAUUGUGCCGAGGCCCAAACAAAAAUGCUUAAGUCUAUAGAAGCAAUUCUAUCAACUUUUUUGCAAAACAAUUCACAAAACAAUUCACUAUAGUCCUUUUAUAAUAAUUUAAACUAAUUUUUUAAUUUUUAAUUUAUAUUAUUUUAUUUUAAUAAAAAAUUCUUUUAAUUUUACAAA